AUGGAAACGAAAGAUUUUGAGGCGUUCAAGAUGAAUUGGACCCAGAAGCAGUGGAUGAAGGUGAAAAGUUCAGGCGAUGAAUUACUUUUCAUGGGGAGGAAUGGUCGCCGCCAUCAGUGUUCCAACUGGCAAUUCUACCAUACCUGGGAAAGUGAUGCAGACCAUUUGGGGAAGAUGGUGAGCUGGAUAGUAAGAGAAUCAGAUGAGGAGAUUGAUCUCUCCCAGGACAUGCAGUAUUGGGAAGCAUUGUUUGAUUCAGAGAAACACUUCAUAAACCUUGUGCUGGCAUUUUUUGUUGCAUCUGAUGGAAUUGUGGUAGAAAUUUUGGCUGCAAGAUUUCUAAAUGACGUUAAAAUUCCAGAGGCCUUUUAUGUUAGCUUUGAUCCGAGAGAUUCAUUCAAUUCAUCACUUGUUCUUCUUCUUCUGGAAAUUGAGUCUCAUCAGAAAGGCCUUAUUGUAGCAAUCAAAUUACAAGUUUUAAUUUCGGAAUAG